CACUAGCAGCAGCUUAAGCCAGAGUAGAGCCAGACCAGGGCAUCGUGGUGGCAUUCGAACUGCGUUGUCUCUCAGUCGUACGUAGGCUUCCACAAGACGCGGCCAGACUGAGUAGCGGCUCGCAACAAGAAGCCGCGGUUUUAUUUAUUUACGAGGCCCAUGUGUGCCUCUAAUUACUUUCCAUAUUAAUUUACAAUUAAUCCGAUCAUUUUUAAAUAAUUAAUUAUCUGUGACCUGUGAAUGUGAAUCAAAAACUUACUGAUUUUUUUUUUAGCUAAUGGACGUGUUACAAGUGGACUUUAAAUUUGAAUUUUUAAAACUGACGCGCAUGGCAAGACACUAGAUAUUUAUAGUAAAUUUGAAUUUUCAAAUUUACGCGCGACUAUCGCGCCUGUGCACACCAUCGGUGUCUGUCAUAAAACAUUGUGGUUUAAAAAUAUUAUAAAAAGUGGCGAAUAUUUAUAAUUAUUUAGACAUUAUCAGGAUAAAUAAAUCCUGUUUUAUUUUUCUUCGAGGAUAAAAUGGUGUACGGUGGCAAUUUCAAAAUGGAGACGAUGCCACAGACAGUACCAACAGCCGUUGGAUUCUCACCUUCAUUUGAAUACACAGCAUUUCAAUUUGACUUGUCAUUGCUACCAGAUGACUACAACUCCCCCAAUAAUACUCACAAUCAAAUGACAUUGAAACCCAUCCAAAUAAAACAGGAAGUGUUAUCACCGAGACCUGGAUCACCCACGACAUACCCCAGCCCUCCUUAUCCCGGUUUAACUGGCGCAUUGUCACCAAAUUACUCACGCGAAGCAUCACCCGGUUAUCCCAGUAGUCCCUACUAUGUACCUCAGAGUCCGCAGAGCGCACAUUUGUAUCCCACAAGUCCAGAACCAACAGCCACAAAGCCACCUGUUAAACGGGAAAAAAGCAUCGAUUUGCUUACCAUUCUACAGGAAUCCAGACUUUUAGCGGAAAGUCUUGGUUACAAAGAAGAUUCCACAGACUGCACGGUACCUUGUACACCACCAAGGUCUGAAGAAGAUAUUUACAACUCUCUGGAUACUGAUUUCUUUCCAAAACGCGAGGAAACGAGCAAUCCAUUGUUGAAAGAAAUUUUAUUUAAAGAAGAACCCACGUCUGUAAAUUCUCCUCAGUCUUCAAUUAGUCACCAGUCAUCAAUUAGUUCACAGUCAUCACCGGGACCAUCGCCUGUCGAAACUGAAAAUUCAUCUCUCCGUAGUCUUCUAUUUCCGUCAAAUAACAAACAAGACUCUGUUAUCAGAGAUAACAGCAGCAUCGAUGACAACCGGCAUAAAACCGGUCUAAUAAUACCCAAAAUAGAAAUUACUGAAAUUACUGACGAGGAGACUUUUACGAGUCAAAAAAUAACCGCGAGUCCGCUCAAUCGCGAGGAUGAAAUUUUCAAGGAUCAAAAGAGCGACCAUCAAUUAUUGCGCGAAGUUUUAAGAGACACGAGUUUCCAGAGGAAAUAUAAUCUGAGACCGGUAGAUUUGGGAAACGUGGGCACGGGUUUUGUUGAAGACAUGGAAAAUGGCGAGUGCGUUGGUGAUCUCGCUCGCGAACAGAUUGAACCAGUACUCAGUCUCGCCAUCCAACAGCUGCAAAAAGAUUUCGACAAUACCUGCGUCGCACUUGGAAUUCAUCCUGAACCACGUCGCUGGAGUGCAGCAGAUGUUGCUGCGUGGGUCCAAUGGGCCCGAAGACAAUUACAACUGCCAUCAGUCCCGUUGGACAGCUUCAACAUCGACGGCGAAACACUUGCAUCUCUAACGGAAGAAGAUUUUUGCCAUCGCGCGCCUCAGUGUGGAAGUAUGCUGCACGCGCAAUUAGAAAUUUGGAAGGCUGCCGUCGAGGAGUCACCUAGAAAUACUCUUGCAGCUUCCUGGAGUCCUGCUGGUGCUGUCCAGCCGUCUCCAGUGAGUACCAGUGAUCCUAAUUCAUCACUAAGUCCGCCCGAUGCCUCUUCUUCUUCGGCCUCUUCUUGCAAUAUGGAUUUGACAGACGACGAAGACGAUGAUGUUGCCGCGGUAACGCCAGUUAACGAAGGAGGAAAAAUACGUAAUGGGGGAUCGCACAUUCAUCUGUGGCAGUUUUUAAAAGAAUUACUUCAGAGUCCUGGUUUACACGGAUCGUGUAUACGUUGGUUGGAUCGUACGAAAGGUGUUUUCAAGAUCGAGGACUCGGUGCGUGUGGCGCGAUUGUGGGGUAAACGUAAAAAUAGACCGGCCAUGAACUACGACAAGCUCAGCCGUAGUAUCCGGCAGUACUACAAAAAAGGUAUAAUGAAGAAAACAGAACGCAGCCAGAGGUUAGUUUACCAGUUCUGUCAUCCCUACAGUUUAUAAAUUAUUAUUUUUUCUUUUAAAUUCCUUGUAAAAUCAAAUGCUCGAUUGUUGUUCCGUAUUUAAAUAUUUUUAAAUGGUUUUUUUUUAUAAAUUAAUUCGAGCGGGGGAACUGUGAUCGAGAAAUCGGCAAUAUAAAAGGGCUUCCGGUUUUUUCAUAAGAAAAGACCUCGUAAGAAAAUUGUGUGAUUGUAAUAUAAUGAUAAUAAUAUAACGUCAAUUGUAUCAAUGAUUUUUAUAAAUUUUAUCGACUAAUAUUACUAAUAUUUUUAAUUUUAUAAAUUUUAAAAGUUACGUCCUUUUUAUUUUUACUACUAACAUUUUAUAAUGAAUCUGCUGUGGUUACGUAAUAUAUUUAUUUAUUAAAUAAUUAACUGAAAUAUGAGUGAUCACAGAUGAGUAAUUUUGAACCAUAUCCUUAUUAUUAUUUUAAAUAUUAUAAAUCAUUGCGUGUUACUUAAUUAUUCGCGAUUAAAUGAUAUUAAUUUUUAGUAUAAAACGAGGCAAGUUUGUAUAUAAAUAUACUUAUAAUUUUAUUUAUAUAAAAAAAAAAAAGAAAAAGAAAAAAAAAUAUGAUAAAAUUAUUUCUUUUAUUUGUCUUAAUUUUAUAAUAAUUUUCCGUUAUCUUAAGAAACUUUUUUGCACUUACUUGCAAAAUAUCUUAUCUGUUUGCUGGACCUUGCCAACUUAAAACUCGAUGCUAAUUUUUUUUGUGUACAGUCUACUAAAAAAUACGGGAACAAAAUACUCAAGAUGACUAAAAAGAGCGGAGUGAUUGUCAUUGUCAUGAUAUGGGGAAGAAUAGAAAGAGUAUAUGAGCACGUGGGGAUAUUUCGAAAAUUUGACAAACAAAAAUUUGUUUUUUUUUGUAUACACAGAAAAAAAAGAUGUCUUGGCACAAAAAAAAUUUUACGUUAUGAAUUGAAGUCAAAAAUUUUCAUGAGAAAAAAUUUCUUGGCGCAAGAAUUUUUUUUUGCCCCAAUGAAUUUUUUCCUGCUCCAAAAACUUUUUUUUUUUAAUUUAUAAUGCAAAAAAUUUUUUAGGGCGAGUAAAAAUUUUUCACGGCAAGAAAUCCUUUUUUUUCUGUGUAAUUUUUUAGCCAGAAUUUUUUUUUUUUUUUUCGUUAAAAUUUAUGAAAGAAAUAAUCAGAAAUUUUUGCAUAAUAAACAAAAUAAAAAUGUGUAUGGCAAUUAAAGUCUACAAAAAUAAUUAACUCAGAUACUCCGUCAUGCCCCACUUCCCUGUAUAUGUCAAACAGCGAUUUUUAGUCUCACUUUUAUUAUUUUUAUGGAUUUAAUUAUUUAUAAAAUUAAAAAUCCUAAGGAUAAUAAAUAAACUCAUGCAAAUAACUCAGGUGAGUUAUUUACUUAUAAAAAUAAAACAUUAUUAUUUAUUAUUAAUCAUUUGCCGCUUUAAUUCGCGACACUCGGGAUUUGGUACGUCCAUUAAUAUAAAUAUAUAUAUAUAACAAUAAAUAGGAGAGACCGGGGCACGACGGUCGCCUAAGUCGCUAAUUAUUUUCUGUAGCUUUUGAACUGAGUACAAGUUUUUGUGAUCUGCCUCGAACAAAUUCAUUAUAAUUAAAAAAAAAAAAAAUUCAGAGCACGACGGGCCCCCCUCCAAUAAAUGAUGAAAAAAAAAUUUUUGUUAAAUAACUUCAUAGCCGGCCUUUUAAAUAUCAUUUGUUAAAAAUGUUUUAAAAUUUUUUUUUGUUCUAAAAGCUGAAUUUCUCAUUUAUUAUAUUUUUUAAUAACUUUUAAAAACUCAAAGAUCUUAUCUAAUAACAGUAAAAGAAACUCAGAGAAUCACUGGAUUUAAGUCCGCGAUCUAUCUGCGAUCAGAUGCAUAAAUAAAUUAUUGGAAUUUUACUUUCUGAUGACUGUCGGCACUUCUUAAAUUAUUAUAUUUUUUAUAAUAAUUAAAGUGUUUUGAUCAAUAAUUGGGCAGCCAUAUCUCCGAAAUCGUACAAAAUCGGGCCCGUGGUAUUUUCGUAGCGAUGCACAAAAAUGUCAGGUACCCGAUUUUGCCCUUUUUCUGAGACAUGACUCCUCAAUUAUUUUCGAAACAAUAAUUAUUAUAGAAAAUUGGCCUUUAAAGGCCACGACGCCGCAUUCUCGGUUAUUAUGUGAUUUUUUUAAUUGUUAGGGGGGUCUCUCGUGCCCCAGGUAUUUCGUAUCGCUUUGAAACCUGGUAAAUAUAUCAAUCUCAUGAAAAUAUAACAGUGACCAAAAGAAAUUUUUUUUCUGCAAAUUUUCGAGAGGCUCCGUUGUGCCCCGGUCUUCCCUACAAGGAAAUUAGAUUUUAAAAAUUGCAAUUUAAUUUAUUUAUAUGCUUUAAAUAGAAGUUAUAGAUAUAAACUAUUUCUUCAGUUUAAAUUUUCAUAUUUACUUUUAUCGUAAUUAUUGACAUUUUAAAAUAAUUAUUAGUUUGUAUAUAGAGUUGGGGUCUAUGUUUACUUUAAAUAAACAUUUAUACGUAUAUUUUACGUGUUUAAUAAUUACCAUGAUAAAGAUCUCAUGCACUGUGAGAAAAUUUGCAUAUAUAUAUGUAUAUAUACAUGUAUAUACGUGUGUAUCAUUUUGCAUUGGCAAUACGUGACCUGUUUUAAGCGCGUGAUUCACGAUGUACCAACGAAAAACAGGCUCUAUAUCCAUGUUAAACCCAAUGAAAAUGUCGAAUUCCGUGUAUAUACAUAUAUGUAGAUAUAUAUACGGCUUGACAGUAGAUUUAUGAGAAUUUUAAAAGGUCGCAAUCGUAUUCUUUGUUUAAUCAUGUAAAGUAUAUGAAUUAAAAUUCUUAAAUAACUUUUUUUAUUUAUUUACUUUUUUUUUCUACAUGUAACCACACAAAUAUUAUAAUUACUGCUGAUUAAUUCACACCGUUAAAUAUUUCUCACAGUGCAAGAUAAAAUAUUAUUUACAAUUAUUUAUAAAUUUUUAUAAUUUAUUAUUUGUUUUUUUUUUCUAUGAUAGUAAAAAAAAAAAAUGAUAAUAAAGAUAUAUAAUGUAUUAUAAAAAUUGAAAACGCUCAAGGGAAAAUUGAAAAUAAUCGAGUGCCUGAAUUUAAAAUAAAUGUAUAGUAACAACAUUACUAAUAAUCUAUUUAUUUUUUUAAAUAUUUUUUUAAAUAAAUAACUACUUUGAUGAUUUUUUGUUGCAAUAAUUUUUGAAAUUUUUGCUUAAAAAAACGCCGGGCAAAAUAAAUUUAUAAAUUUCGUUGGAAUCUAAGUAAAAUCAGAUACCAAAAAAUUCGGGUAAAAUAACUAACUCGAGCUUGACAGCAAAAAAAUUUUUAGUCGUUCAUUUUACCCUGCAGUUUUGUCCAAAUGAUUUUUUUUUUUGCUAAAAAUUAAGUCCCCAUUGCCCAGAAUUUUUUAAGACCAUAAAUAAACAAUACAAAAAUAUAAAAAUUUGUUUUUCCAAAGCAAUGUCGAUUAUGUCGCGAGUAUUUCUUGUUAGAAAUAAUUUAAAAAAUUUAAUCAAUUGCAACAAAAAAUCAUCGAAUCACAUAAGUUUUAAAUGUUAAAUAAAAAUUUCGACUAAAAUGCCAAAUUGUAAUUAAUUAAUAAAUUGAAGUAAAUAAAUAAACGUAUUAAUUGACAAUUUGUUCAUAUAAUUAAUUAGAUUUGUGAGUUAAGUAGUGAAAGCCAUACAGUUUCAUGGAGGUAUAUACUGUUAAGUACUAAAACUCUCUUAACUAAAACGAUUUGCGACUGAAUCAACGCGUUUACAUAAUGGCAUCGUAAACUGACCGGGCUACGAUAUGUAGUACUUAUUGUACUUAUAUUAUGUAUAUAUAUACAGGAGAUGGGUAAUGUAAUGUUUAUCCAUCCCAUUAUCUGCAUAUAUAUAUAUUUUUUAUCUGUACAAUUCAUAGUUUAAUCACCGGCGCGGUCUUAACCAAAUUUAUACGGUAUCAAACUUCUAUAGAUUUUUUUUUUCUUUCAUCUUGUUCAUUAGUCUUAAAUAAAUAUAUAUAAAUCAUUAGCAACCACCAGUCUGAUUAAAAUGAUUAAAAAUACACUUAUCCAAAAAAUUGAAGGAACAAGAAAAUUUUAUAAACUUUUUAGUGAUUUUUGGAAGGUUGUAUUUUCGUGAAAAAUGAUCGUAUCGAAAAAAAAAAAAAAUUGAAGCUUGAAAUCUCUAGCUUGAAGUUUUUCCAGCAAAAUGAUUUUUUGAGCCACGGUUUUUGCGGAAUCAUAAGAAAUAGCUCGAAGAAAUCGCAAAAACCGUGGCUCAAAAAAUUAUUUUGCUGAAAGAUCUUAAAGCUAAAAAUUUCAAGCUUCAAUUUACUUUUUUGAUUUUUUCGAGACAAUCAUUUUUUACGAAAAUGCAGCUUUCCAAAAAUCACUAAAAAAUUUAUAAAAUUUUCUUGUUCCUUUAGUUUUUUGGAUAAGUGUAGUUUAGAUUUAACGAUGAAAGAAAUUUUUCAGAUUUACUAAAAGUUUUGCACACCUCAAGCGCGAAAGCGCAGGUGUGCUUUAUGGACGGUUUUUUUUUUAUCUCUAAUUGACAAUAGAAAAAUCAGUAUUCGAUCAAAAAUUGUUGAAAAAAUUUUGAUGUAGGUAAUUUUUGAAUAUCAAAAAGAAAAAUGAUCGUCUUCCCGCGCGAAAUUUGAAUAUGCGUAAAAGUAUUUUAAGUAUUUAUUGAAUUAAUAGUCUUAUAAAAAUAAUAAAAACCGUCAGAAGCAAAAAUUAAAUGCAUUUUAAUUUAAUCUUAAUAAAGUUAUCGUAUUAAUAAUAAAACAUUAAUCAUGUCAAUUAUUCAAAUAUUGUUUUAUUUAUUAAUUCAUUUGCUAAUUUUUUUUUUGGUGCUCAAGAUCCAAGAUCUUGAGCACCAAGCUAAUAAUUUAAAAGGUACUACAAAUUCGUGGCAAUGUGUCCAUUAACGUUUACGGUGGUCAUGUAAGAUGCGCAGACACAAAUAACUAGUACAUGUACUUAAAACAUAACAGAGUUAAUUACGUAUGGUUACUUGCUCAAUAUCAAGGUCACAAUCAGCAAAUACUUGCCUGUAUUUAUGUAUUUAUUAUUAUUAACAACGUAUUUAUAUUAACACUCAAAAUUAUAAUAUAUCAAUUGAGCAAAAAAUACUUUUUAAAAAUUAAGUAUUGAGAGAAAAAAAAUAAAAAAAAUUUCAAGUUUUUUUUUUUUUUAAUUUUCUCUACUUUAAGUUUUAGAUUAAAAAUAAUAAUAUUCCAAAGUAAGUCUACUUAAUAAAAUAAAUUGCGCAGUCAUGACAUAUAUUAAUCAAUUAAUGUAAAUUUUCAGAUUUAUAAUAAUUGGUAAGAGUGUAAAAUAUAAUACUACAAUUUAAUACAAUUUAUUAUGUGUAAUAAUAAAAAUAAUGUUAAAUAUGUAAACAUAAGAAUGUAAAAUAAUUAUUUUGUCAACGAUAAAAAAAAGAAAAAAAAAAGAU